CUGUGACACAUCUGUCUUUUGCCUUCUUUCUUUCCAUUACAAGACUCGGUUAAAGUUUCAUCUGUAGCUGUGCUAAAGCCGCUAAAGCACCAUGUCAGUUGAAAUAUCUCCUAUAAACAAUGGGUCCACAUUACUUUCUAUAUACAUCGUCGAUGCUUUUACAGACGUGCCCUUUUCUGGAAACCCAGCUGCAGUUUGCUUAGUAUUACCCGGACAGGUGAGUUGUUAUUGUUACUUAGACUUAUUAGACUUAGACUUAGAGUUACUAGUUAAAUUUACUUAUUUAGUACUAGUACUAGUAGUAGUAGACUAGUAGUAGUUUAUAAUCCCAAAUUAGGGGGCCAUUCAUAAAUGACGUCAUGCCCUAUAUGGCAGGCCUGCAAAACUCAAAAUAUAAACUGUAUGAAAAAAUUGUGCAAACCAUAAAAUACUUAAUGAAAAACUUGUGCGAGCGGAAAGAUGAUAGGACAGGGAUGAAAGCUAUUAAGAUAAUAUAAUAAUAAUAAUUAAGAAUAUUUGGUUACUUCGCAAGCCCCUAGGUGGGUGCUGAUGGGCCGCAUGCGGCCUGUGGGCUGUAUGUUGUGCAGGCCUGGACUAGGGGAAGAGGGGGGUCACUUUUUUGUGAUGAGGGGGUGGAGGGCCUUGAGUAAUGUGAAAACACUUGAAAAGCGGAAUAUUAUAGUAAAAAAAACUGCACUUAAUAACCCUAAAUUACAUACAUUUUUAACAUUAAUCUCUUAUACAACAAUUUUAAUUAUUUUAUUUUAAAAUUAUGAUCAGUGAAUCAAUACAGGUAUGCAAGGCUCCAAAAAUUGCGUGACCACCCCCGAUCCAUUUUACAAGCCACCACUGUGGAGGAAAAAAUGGGUAGUGUUAUUGGCAGUCGAGAGAAUUUAUGUCAAAAUGUGGAGACAGGAGUCAUAGAAUUAGUUUCUUCUUUCUCUUUUGAGUAUCUAGCUCCAUUUGUUUAAGGUUUAAUUGGAGCUCCAUACUAGGAUCCUUUGGUUGUGUGACUGAGGCCAGUUCAUCCUCAGACAGCAUAGCCUCAUUCACUAAGUGGAUGAGGAUCCCAUCUCAUGUGGUCUUUUUAAAUGCAGAAUAAGCUACACUUAUUCCUAAAUCUUUGGCAAAGGAAAAUAGAUCCUUUUUAUAACAUUUGUUAACAUCAAAAUCCAUUUUGACACAAGCAAAAUAUCACUAAGUUUUAUAAAUGUUCAAGCUUAAUGAACACACUUAUAAAAAUUUAAUUUAAAAAAUUGUAACUAGCUCUGUUAUGGUAUUGUAAAAUGGUAUCUUAAACUCAGUUUAGUGUGAGUAUAUUACAGAAAAAGGUGGGUUGAAUUCACAGAUACACACUCAAUUUGUUAUUGGUGGUAAUAAUGAAAAGUUUAUAGAUUCAAAUAUUUCAGGAUGAGCACCCAAUUUGUUACAUACUGCUAUAAUGUCUAGAGAAUUUAAUGUCUUAUUUGAGUAUAUGGCUCGUGACAAACAGUACAUAACAAAGGACAAUACCAUUAAUUAAAUACAGUAAGAAAGAACAAUACCCAAACUGGGGCUAAUUACAAAUAAUGAUUUAUUAAGUUAACUUUACAAUACAAAAUCAAAUAGAAUAAAAUAAAUCUGUUCACUUACAAUACAGCAAUACCGGUAUCAGUAUAAGAUGUUGGGAAGAUGCACACACACACAUAAAUAUAAUGUACAAUAUCUAUGGUCUGUGCAGUAUGUAAAUCUAUUAGUCUGGCUUCCACCUUUUAUCGUCAUCGCAAACUCUGUCUCUCUCUUUGUCUUGCAGUCUCUAUCUAGCAUUAGACACUGUCGAUCUAAUUAUUUAUAGUCUUUCACAGAGACUUUUCCGGAAAGGGGUUAUGCAUUGUAUCUGUAGUUACCUCAACCUGUCUCGUAAGUUCUCAAAAAUUCUACUAUAGACUGUUUUUACAAUUAGUCAAGGACAAGGGAGAGAAUAUGCAAUUAAACCACACCCAUUGUCGCCAAACUUGGGGUCACUCAGAGUUCAUUCACGAGAUGCAUGAAAAACAUGACGUAAACACACUGUAAACAAGGCAAGCUUUUACCCUGACAGUAAACCAUUCUCUAGGCUCCAUACAGCUGUAGUAUUUUUAUAUUUUUAAAAAUGUUUUGAACUUUUCAUCAAAGUGCCUAAAAUUAUAAUUUAUUAAUGUGUUCUUUAGUGUGCAUAGCAGUGAAUGAUAGCUUAUGAUUUAUUUUAACUUAAACUUUUUUUAUGGUUGGUAGGUGAAGGUGAUCUUUCUUGUAAUCAAAUGACUGUUGAGCUAUCUCCAUUGAUGUGAAGAAAAGCACUAUUAGUAGCAUUUGUUACCUAUAUAUAGUGACUAGUAAAAACUAUGAAUUUACUACAUAUGAUUUAAAGAAUUUUUAAUUUUUUUAUCAUGAUGAUGAUGACAGUGCCUAAAAAAUGUCUGCUGUUGUUUCUUCAAUGGCACAUACCCAUAAUAAAUGUGCUAAUUUAUCUUCUUUUUUUUUCCAGAAUAUAACUGCCAAAGAAAUGCAAAAAAUAGGAAAUGAAAUGAAUCUUUCAGAAACUGCUUUUGUUUUUUUAGAAAAGGGAGAUUUUCAAAGUGGUGAGAUUAUGAUCACAUUAAAUUAAUUAAGAUUUAUAAAAUAUUUUAAAAAUUUUGUCAAAUAACUAAGUUUAAAAUCCAGCCAAACUAUUGAGACUUAUAGUCUUCUUAUUCUUAAAUAUCUAUCUUUCACCCAGCAAAUACAUUUGGACUAAGAUGGUUUACUCCAACAACAGAAGUUGAUCUCUGUGGUCAUGCUACCCUGGCUGCAUCCGCAGUUCUCUUCAGGGAAAAAGGUUCAAGAAAAUACCAAACUUUAAAUGAUAUUACUAAAUACAUUUUUGAAGAUUAAAGAAUAUCACUAACCAAAAUUGUUUUCAACUGUAAAGAAUUUUUUGCAGAGCACAUGUCACAGAUAUAAAAUUAAUUUUGUUGUGCUGGAAAGCCAAUCAUUUCUAUAAACAUGAUGCAGAAUUUGUUUUGUAUGUUAAUGAAGGAAGAAAGGAAUAAAUCAUUUAUUGUAGGGCAUGUACAAAAAUUUUUUCCUCCUGAUGGAGACUUCAUUGUCCUAUUACUGCAAGUAUGAGAAUGAGUUUGGAAAGGUGUUUGGUAGUUUUAACAAUUCAUUAACCAUGUCUUUUUGCCAUUCCCAACAAUGAUGUUGAAGCGGUUAUCAUUCAUUUUUAAAAGGCAUUGAAGUACCCUUACAAUAUGUCUGACCAAUAGUGUUUUAAAUUUUGGACAAUUUAGCAUGUGACAUUCUUACAGCUAGCUUUUAAUUUUUAAGGCCGUCAGACAUCGUGUAGAGAUCCUACUGGGAAGAAGAGGAAGAAAUUAUAGUUUCAGUUUUCAGUUGAAUAUUUUUUUAUAAGCAGAAUUUUAAAGUAUCAACAUAUUUAUAUCAUAAUUCAUUUAUUACAUUUCAAUCAAACAGGAAAUGACUGUGACAAAAUUAGCUUCUCCACAAGGAGUGGAGAACUUACUGUGUCUAGAUCUGAGCAGAAUCGAAUAGCAUUAAACUUUCCAUUGAACCCACCAACACCACAGGUAAUGUAAAUCCUGAGCCAAUGCUCAAUUAAUAUUAUAUAUAUAAUUUUAAAUAUAUAUAUAUUAUAUACACAUAUAUAUGUAUAAUUAAUUAUUAUUAUCUUGAACCAAAAUGGGCUAAUACAUGUAAAAAUGUUCAACCAUGACUGAUGUAAUUUAUGAAAUAAAUUGUAGUUCUCAAAUGGGCUGGUGGGUAGUUUCACUUUCCUUGUUCACAAAUGUUGGCCUGUCAUUCACCUGUAGGUAUUUGUUACUCUGAUGAAGACUGAAUCAUCAACACAUUUACACUAAGAUAAUGCAGGAUUCCAACCUGGUUAAAUUAGAAAAAAAUAUAGAAAACAAAUACACAUUUAAUUAUUCAUUGCUAUUUAUUCUUUAUGUGUUUUUGUUUAAAAAAAGAAAUUAUUUUAAAAAGUAUAAGUCAAUGCAUUUUGGCAGCUAGAGUCCUUUCCUUUCUUACAUUGGAUUAUGCCCUUAUAAUAAAUCUUUCUCCUGGCAUUUUUAUGGAGGUGGGAUUAGAUUUUUCUUAAUUACCAAUUUUUCAAAAACUUUGGAUCAUGCAUAUUUCAAUUUCAAUUUUUUUACAGAUUUUAGAUGAUAUUAAAGGACUUUUGAAGGUGAAUAUUUUACCAAAACAAAACGGAUAAAAUUAUUUAGCGGUUGAUUGAAAGGUUUAUUUGUUUGUUUGAAAGGACUUUGGAAGGUUAACUACACAAUGGAAAAAAAAUUAAUAAGGCUGGGGUGGGGUGUGACCAAAAUAUGCACAAGCAUGUAAAUACUUUUAUUUUCAGAUCUAAUAAUAUAAUUUUGUCAACUCUGAUUAAGCUUAAAACGUAGAUGAAAAAGAAAUCAGAUUAAAAAAUUUCAAAUAAUAGCAAAAUUCACCUGUUUAUAAAAUGAAGAGAUUUGUUUGAACUUGAAUAUAUGCUCUACACGUGCAGAUUUGCACCUCAGUACAUCUCUCAUCAUGUAAGUCCUUAGUGUUUAAUACAUUGUAAACAGCUAUUUGUUCUGAUCAUUUAUUUUGGAAAUUUUUAUAAUUUACAGACUUGUUUAAAAGAUUUAACUAUUAUUCAAGAUGUUCAGUUAAGUGCAACAGGAAAACUUCUACUGCGCCUCAAAGAUUGUACUACCAGGUUUGCUUAAAUGUAUUUAUCAUUUUUUAAACAUUUAGCUUUUUGCAGUAGGAAAUUUUCUUUUUUACCUCAUCUUUCAAGUUUAUGUUGAGACAUGGCUUUCUAUUCUGAUCAUCUCAUGUACUUCUUUCUUCUAUGUUUGUAAGGCAGUAGUAUUAAAAAUGUAAGAAAUAGAGCAUAUUUAUGUUAAUUCAUGUUGAUUUUCAUUAAUUUAUAUCUAUUUUUUUUUUAAAAGACAUGCUUUGGAAUCAAAUAAAUGUGCUACUUUGACAAAUUUGAGUUGUCAAGUGCAUAAAGAAUUUGAGUAAAACUGAUUAUUGUUCAACUUAAUCUUCACACAAUAUAUCAAGUUAUGCCAGUCAUGUAUUCCUUUAUAAAUGAAUGUUUUAGUCAAUUACAAAUUCAAGGCACGUUGAUGUUUCUUUGUUUUUUUUAUUUUUAUAAAUGAAAUAUCUUGUCAGGAUAUCUUCCUAAAAUAUUUUAAAAGACAGCUGGGGGAACUGUGUUGGGAUACACUUCAUUACAAAUUAAUGUACUAACGCCGCAUAGCUGAAAAUAAAUUUUGAGAUCUUGUUUUUUAUUAAUUUGUAAUGAUUAAAUUAGGGCAAACCUGGUAUAUUCAGCUGAAUGGCUCUUAUUUUUUUUUUCCACUACUAAAGUUUUUUUUUAAAUUUUUAAGAUAUUUUUUAAUGCUAAUAAUACCUGUAAUAAUAUAUAUUUAAAUUCUGAAAAACAUAUAGAAAUGAGUUGGAAGAAAUGAAACCACUCGUCAAGGAUAUGGUUAAUGCUGAAUCAAGUGGACUGGUGAAAGGAGUGGGUCUUACAAUUAAAGGAUCUCCUGAUAACGGAUGUGUAGAUAAUAAAGGCCAGGUCUACGAUUUCAUAUCAAGAUACUUUGCUCCAUGGUUAGGUAUUGAAGAGGAUCCAGUCACUGGUAAUUUAUAUACAAACUCUUCAUGACAUUAGAUAGUCUUCUUAGCAUGUUGAUUUCAAUUAAGGAUUUUAAAUGAUGAUUGUAUUUCCAGUUAUUAGUUUUGAAACUGAUAGCCGGUUGUUGGUAAUCAAAUUAUUUUUAUCAUGAUAUAAAAAUAUAAUUAAAAAAUAAAGAUUUUCUUAAAAUAAUAAGCCAAUAGUAAAUGUAUUUUUAUUAUUAUUUAAUAAAUUAAGUAUAAAAAAAAUAAAGAUGCUGUAUUAUGCAUAAAAGUGGUAGGCUUCUGGCUAAUGCUUCGUAUAUAUUUGACCAUAUCUUACUUUGUAUCGAUAUCAGAUGAUCAAUGUUAAAAAUUGGUUGUAACUAAUUUCUUUUUCUUUGCCUGGGAAAACUGGAUGCCUCCUUAUUGUUAGCGUUAAUGUGCAAUAGAUAUUAACAAGUUGGGGAACUGCAGUCUCCCAUAAUUUUGUCUCCUCUAUUUAACGAAAACUAACAUGUAAAGAGAAUGCACAUAAAAAAUAAGCUAUUUAAAGAGUCCAUGCCAGUGCAAGCUACCAUCUCCGUCUCUCUCCCUCCAGCCAUGGAUGGUACCAAGUUGUGGUAUUAAAAUGUAACUGAUCCCUUUGCAAGCAUAUUAGGUAAUUAUCUAUUACUAGGGCUAAGCCGGGGGAAAUAAAGCAUUAGCAAGUGACCAACCUCUCAACAUGCCCAAACAUCUUUUUUUAUAUGUUAAAAGACUUUAAAAAAUAAGCGAUUAUUAAAACCCACUUUUUUAUUUUGUAAUUUGGUUUAUAAUUUAUUUUAUAUAGAAUUAAUUACAGCAAGGGAGGAGAGUCACUUUUAUCCUGUUUUCCGAGGAUAAGCAAACUUGGAGAAACAAGAAACCCUAGUUGAGAGAAUAUAAGGAUAGGCAGAAACUCAAGGAUAAUUAAAGUUAGGAAUGAGCAGAGCAAGAGGCAGCACUCUUGCUAAGUAUUUAUGUAAUUUUUAAAUAUUUUUCUUAGGAGCUUGGCACACAGUUGCAGCUGCAUACUGGGCAAAGGAACUCAACAAAACAAGUUUAUAUGGUAAGGAAUAAAAGAAUUCACUGAGUUCAUACAAUUUUCAUAAAUUAAUAGUCAAAUUUCUUAUACUAAUAUAAUUAAUUUUAAUUGUACACCUUUGCCUCACACCAUGCUAUAUUCUUUGAAUAGCUCGCCAGUGCUCAUCAAGAGGAGGAGAUCUGUGGCUUACAGUACAGGAUCAGAGACUUAUUUUAAGUGGUGAUGCUGUGAUUAAUAUGCGGGGUACAUUUAUUUUGUAGCAGUAGAAAGGUUUGAUAAACUUUGACACAGUUUUAUCCAAUGAACAUGAAAAUAUUUUUAACCAGAAGAAAAAAAUAAGCAGAGGCUGUAACCCUUAAUUGUACAUCUGGAAUUGUCUAAAUAUCGGUAAUGAGCCAGGUCAUGGGCUUCUCUGCCACUCCCUGUGUAAAUCACUACAAAAAUUAAAGAAAUACAGUUUAUGACAUGAUCUAUGCCCAUUUUAUAAAAAUCCAGGUGAUGCUGAAAAUCUAUUUUUAAAAAAGGAACAAAUUUAAAAACUUAAGUUAAACGCAGAAGAAAGCAUAUUUAUUAUAUGGUCAUUGACUUUGGGAAAAACAAUUUAUGAUUGUCAAGGUUGGUGUGGUAUUAAUUUAACUCGGAGAAAGUGACCUCAAUCAUUGGCAAGACUUAUUGUCAGAACUGAAUCUUGUCAUCACCUUCCUGUAAAUGUUAAGAAUAUAUUUUAAAAUGUUUUUGUAAGCAUCAGGAUUUUGUGAAUGGUGUUUAAGAAAGUGCACUGAGAACAGUGCAACAAGUCAACAAGGAAAUGUCCUCAAUGUUCUGAAGCACAGGUACAAAUGAAUUUUUUUUCUGGAAAACCUCUCAAAUGUAGAAUCACAGUACUGACUAUCGACCAGCGCAAGAGCAUACUUUGAGGCAGUUGGUGAGGAUUUAUGUGAUCAUUAUCAUUGGUUCAAGACUUAUUGUAGGGAACUAAGUAACAAAAAUCUGAGCCGUCCAUUUUUGAUGAGAUGGUUAUUUAAAAUGUUACUCUCCUUAUUUGGACCAUGUCAUUGGUCUGACACCUUUGUUAACUGCGAUGCUGAUAUAUGCACACUAAAGAAAGUAAUGUCACAAAGGGACAGCCGAAAGGUAAAGAGAGGGUUCACCUGUACCUGCCAAUUUUAGACACAUAAGCUAUCUGCUACAGCUCAGUUGAACUGUGAAUAAAAGCUGUUGGUGAGAAUAUUUAUCCAUGUACUGAAAAUUAAUAUACACAAAGAUAUCAAAACACAUUUCCAUUUAAGAUAAGAUAUUUUUAUUGCUCCAAAUAAAUGGAAACAUUUUUUUUUUUCAUUCAUUGUACAUACUUUUUUCAGUCCUGAAAAAGCUUGUUUGAGCUUUCCGUUGUUCCUUAAAAUUAGUUUACACAGGACAUUCAGCGUGUAAUUAUGCUGUAAAAUAACUGUUUAGUUCUUGAGUGAGAACAAAGUCUUGGAUUUUUGUUAGACGGAAUUCUCGUUUUUCCUCUCCCAGAUCAGGGACACUUCUUUUGUCUGUAGCCGAUUUAUCUUUGAAAGGUUGUUUUGAUCUUGCCGUCUGUUUACAAGAUGACAUAUUAAUUUUUUCCAAUUUGGCAGAUAUGGAUUUGUCUUGGUUUAUGGGAACAAUGUCCAAAAAAUCCAUGUAACCACUGUUCCUUGCGAUAAAAAACAUAAGAUUAUCAGUCGAAGGAGAUAAAACACAUACAACACGCCUUGAUUCCAAAGAAAACUUUGUAAAAACCUCUAAACUAUUAGUAUUACGAAAGCUGAAAAAAUAUGCGCAGAUGAAUCUUAUCUUAAUCCUCACAGUAAAUGCAUGCGUGGUAGCCCGUUAGUUAUAAUUCAAGCUGAACCAAGCCAUCAAGAAUUUUAUAAAAACUCUCUACAAUUGAGUUUGUCAGUGCAUUUUCUGGUAAAUUGUCAUAGAUUUUUUUUCUAUUGCAAAAUAUACAAAAUAAGUUUUUACAAUUGAAUGUAAGACAAUGAGAAAUGUUGUGUUUCUGUCCCAUUUAUUUGAUUUAUACAAGUUAUUGAGUUUUAAUGUCUCUCCUUGAAUUUGGAAAAGCUGACUAAGUGAACAUGUAGAGAGUUACAGCAUCAAAGUGUUACAUUAAAGAGAACAAUUUUAGUUGUACAGAAUUCUUCACAAUGUCUAAGCAGAAUAUAAAUUAAAAAAGACACAGAUAAGCUUAAUUUUUAAAUGAAUGGAACUGGGGCAUAAUUAUAAAAAUAUUAUAAUCGUCUCAAUAAUUGAACAGAGAGUGGUAAAAUUUUGGUUGAUUCAUUUUAUGUGUUGACGGUACACUCACCUGUUAAACUAAAAUAUUAACAUAUUUAUGAUGAAUACAUAUCAUUAUGAAGCUGUUGUUGAUGAGAAAAAAAAUCAAUCUCUGAGACUAUUAUCUUUACGUAGAGGCUUAUUUGUUCUAGAUUUUUUUAAAGCUUGAUAACCUCAAUUUUCUAUUGAAAAUGAUCAUUCUCUUUAGAAAUUGAUGUUUUGUUAGGUUUAAUGUUUGAUGCCAUAAAACUUAUUGAGGAUGCCAAGUGUGUGUAGAGUGGUGCUUGUCUGCAUCACAAUAACAAGGAAAUACCAGAAUCUAUUACUCAGUAUUACUCCUUAUUUGAUUGUUUACCUGUUAUUUUUCUCUUUAAUUUUUACAAAUGUUGUUUAUUUUAUGAUGGUAACAAUUAUUGAAUAGUGCCCUUUGUGUUAUUUAUUCCAUUAAAAAUUAAAAUCCUAGUUUUAUGGUGGGCAGAAGAAAGGCUUAUGUUGAAGCCAAAGUUUUCAUUUAUAUUUUUUUCUGUCUUUAACUUUAAUAAAAAUCCUACUCAGUAAAUUUUAACUUUUAAUUAUUAAUGUACUUUUAUUUUUACUUUUGAAAAUGUGCCUUAUUCUUAAAAUUACAAAAGUUUGUUAGUUUGUAAGGGGGCUUUUUAUGAUUAUAUAAAUAGGGCCUACAUCUUCAAAUCCAGUUCAGCAAUGUAUAUUACAAAGGCAUGGUAAUUUUAAUUAAAAAAUUGAAAUUCUUU